GGUCACCUAUGGUAUCUCAGUGAUCGCUCGGCUCAUCACUUUGAGAAUGUCUUUCAAGAGCCUCAUGGCGCGGAAGAGCGGAAGAUGCUUGACCGUGGCCUACAUGUUCUUCGGCACGAUGAACUGGCUCAUCUUCCUGACCACGUACUACGUGGCGCACGACGCAGCGAGCACGAUCUCUCGAACGCGCAAGGUGAACAUGGAGCUGAUCGAGCAGGAGUCGACUCAGUUCUCCGACUCCCACGGGGCGGUCUUCAGCCGCGAAGUCAACCGGUGCUUGGUGCACAACGAUUGGAACUACACUGCUUGUGAUGUCCAUGUGAAGACAGCUUGCACGAAACCGUAUGACCCUACGGCUUCCUACCCCAAUGGCGACUGCGUUGCCACCGUUUGGCUAGACUGGGCCCAGUGCUGCGUCAGUGAGACGGUAUCGCUGGAUAAACCGAAGGUGACCUUCUUCAGCAGAGAGAUCAGUGUCAGCAUUCUUUUUAUGUUAGUGAAGUGGAUGGCCAUCCUCUUGGUGGGAUGGGUGCUGCGGCAUGGCUUCCAUGCGGCAGGUUUGGGUUCCAAGAGUUUCUCUCAGGGCGCGUAUUUGGAUAUUCUGGACAUCGUGAUCUUCAGCGAGAAUCUCAAUGAGGGUCAGAUCCGAUAUCCCAUCUACGGCUUUGACAAUGGUGGAAAGCCGUGCUUGAAAAGCUGCAGCCUGUACUAUGCACUCUAUGUGACCUUCGCUGUGGCCUACGUUUCUGCUCUUCUUGCCCAAUUCCUUCACACCCUCUGUGCACCUAAACCAGAUGACGACGCCGAUGAUGAUGAUGGCAGAGGGUUUAUACCGGUGGACUCGAACCAGAACGGUUCUGAGAAGAGCCAGGUCAUGGAGGGCCAGCUGGUACUUGUCAAUGAGGACGAUGAACAGGAUGAGUCCUACUUCGACUGCAGCCCUAGUGCACUGGGUCUCGGGACUCGCGCCGGCCGUGCGGUGCGCACACGGCCUGGGAUGUACAAGGUGACCUUCGUCGAUGGUCGCCAGCCGCAAGAAAAGGAGGUCCCGUUGCGCUCGAUCCAACCGGCCACCGACGCCCGCUUUCACCGAAUUGUGAAGAUGGGCGAAGAACUGAUUCAUACUCAUGUCACAGAAGCCCAAGAAGGUUGCAGAGGUUGGCUCGACCUGAAGCAGCUCCAGAAAGGCAAUCGAUGUGAACGCUUCGAACGAAAGGCUUCGGUGCUGGAUGCAUUCCGCUCGAUGAUCACGCUACAGUUGCCCUUUUUGAUCUGGCGCUUGUGGUUUGACAAAUUCAGUGUGGACGUGGUGGAGUUUGCCGGGCGCACCAUGUUCAUCGCCAAGAACGCCAUCUGGGCUCUUCUCGAUUUGUUGACGAUCCUGACCUGCGGCAACGACCAAGCGUCCAUCAACGGGUGGCGUCCGAUGAGCACGGCGCACUCGGCCUCCGAAAGCCAGUUUGGAAAGGUUUGGGUCGGUCCCACUGGCAUGUUCGCUUGGUUGGCCUCUAUAUUUGGUUCGAUGCGCAUGGAUGAUAUCAAGUCCUGCCAGACUGUGCUCAAGAAUCAUCACGGGUGGCUUCUCAAGGAGCAAGCAGAUGCCCCGAAAGGUGAACGGGCCAUCUACGAUGAAAAGAUUGAGGAGGCAGAACAGAAGAUGGCCAUUCAAGAAGAGAAGGCGCAGUACUCCUUUCCUUGACGGGAGCACCGAACACCUCUGAGCGAGCUGAGUGAGCCAAUCAUCAAAAAAGAGACAAACGUCUGGCAGCCAAUGGCCGGUGUCGGCUUUCGCGGAGGUGCGCGUUUGUAGGGGUGACCGGUGAGUCCCGAUUGGGGGGAGUUGACUCGGGGUAGAUGCUUUUUGGUCAGCGGACAUGCCAAAAAGCCGAAAAACCGUCUCGAGAGAUGAGAGGCAGUUUUCAAGCCCAGAUGAGAGAACCUCACCUGCGUUCUCAAGGUGCGAGACGCCCCAAGUGGUCCAAGCGGAGCUGCGAACGCAUUCCCCAAGAAGCUGUGUUGCGGGGCUAAAUAAAGAGAACUGGGUUUGUGGUCCAAUUGACCCACGGAUGCCAGAUGCCAUUGCCAUUUUUUGAGUCCCCUCAGUGUGAGAGAAAGGUGC